AUGUCCGAACUACUUGGAAGUCAAGAAUUGAAGCUAGUCUCUGACUGCCACCUUUCUCCCAAAUACCACUUAUGCGAGCCGAACCCAGAUAUGCUCAUCUCUGUCAUCGAGAACGAGCGUACUCGCCGUUUAGUACUGCAGCAGUGUGAGAAGCUAGAGACAGAGCUUGAUGACUUAACAGAGAAUCACCCUAUGCACGACGACGACAAAGAUAUUGUGCUAAGAAUCGACUACCUUGAAAAUUUGUCUUUGCUUCUAAAAAAACAGAUGCAGUGA